AUGGCCAAUAAAACUCUUUUAUUCACUCUGUUCGCCCUAUGUUUGGUGGCAAUGUCCUUGGCUGCAGGCGAUUGUCCUUCAUCCACCAAGGUCCAAACAUGUACCCCCAAAUGUUUGCAUGACUCGGAAUGCAGUGCCAUUGGCGGCAAAUGUUGUCCCAAUUUGUGCAAUGGACGCUCUUGUGUCCAACCAAAUCUCCUAAGUAACUCUGGCAGCCGUGACACUUCUCCAUUCUCCAGCAAGAACUCUGGAACUGGUGGUGGCUCGUACUGUGGCAAUGUCAAAUGUAGUUCAUUCGAAAAGUGUGAAUCGGAUCGCUCCACUAAGAGACCCAAAUGUGUGCGUUCCUAAUUGA